AUGAGUAACGCUUUCGAGCCCCGUAUGAGCGCGAUGCGAGCGCGCCUGUCGAGCCUGUGCCACACAGUCGAUCAACAGGAAGAGGAACAGCAGCAGCAGCGUCGCGCUGUUGAGCAUCGCUACUUUAUGGAGGUGAGGGGAGCAGGCUCUGCGGCGGCACCUGCGGCAACACAGCUGAUAGCUUCCACGUCGACACCUCCAUCGUCGGCGCCUAUCUCAAGGCCAAUCACCACCAAGAGUCAAAUUCUGCGCACCGAUGGUAUCAGCGAACGGGACGUGAACCAAGUGCACAGCGCACCAAGGAAGGAUACCCCUUUUGGUCACCACUUCGGCGCGAGCAGCCCGUCCGCCUCCAUCCCACGCACCCGUGCUGCGAAGCCUGCGUCUGGAGUGAAUGCGAUGCUGCAGCUUGCACGACACCACGCUUCCGGCUCCUCGUCUGGGGCUGCCGCAACAAAGGACAUCGUAGACUUCACAGGUGGCCGAGCAAGCCCGGUGCCAAAUGCCCCUGCCACCAUAUCCCCCGGAGCCUUCGCUGUAAACACACGAGAAGACACCGUAGAUUCUUCGCCCGUUCCACUCAUGCCGGGUGGCGUUGCCGGUUUGCACUCGUACGGGUUUCGAGAGCGGUUUCCAAGCCCUCGCCGACUCACCGCGUCACUCGCCGCAAACGCGAUGGAUCUGGUCCCCCGUGAUGGAGACGGAUGCACACCACACACCACUCCUCGCGGGGAGUCGCGCAUCACAGCAGCCGACACGACGAUCGUUGACCCUAUGCUUCCCGAUGAGGAGUCCUCUUUCGAUGCCUUUCGCGUUGUACAGGAGCGGUUGCGCCAGAAGAUGAAGCAACUCACGGCUCUCUCUCCAAACCCUGGCGUGUCACUACCAACGAGAGGUGCCCCCGUCGAGUCUUCCGUGAGUGAGGAAGCAACAGCGCACCGGGAAGGGCUUCCCAACAGAAGCCUCACCGGGUCUCGUGCGGUGAGUGAUGGUGAAGAUUCAAGCCCUUCACCCCGGCCACCGCCGGGUACGCGUGCUGAAACGGCCACCCCAACGCGCUCGCCCAGCGAGCAUGGCUCCUCUUCGCACGACACUAUCCCACUCCCACCGACAUCGUCGUGCUACCAGCAUGCUGAAGGCGACGUCUCGAUAGAUGUGGAAGUGCUGUCCGCGGCGGCGGAGCCCGACACCGAAAAUGUGCGCGAGACUCUGCUCUUCACUCAUGGGCCUCUGCAUUCCUCUGUCGUAGGCGACCCCGACGAGACGGCGGCGGUGACGCGCGAAUGGCAGUGGACCAGGUGCGGCGUGCCACCCACCAACGCAGGCGCGGCAAAUGGGCCGUGUGGUGUCUUUCGCGACCCGACCGCUCGUCACCCCAGGGUCUCACGGAUGCUGUCAAGCGAUGCGCACUUCAACCCAACAGCUGCGGAGCAGCGGGUGGGCUCGCGUGAGUACCGAUGGUCGCCUGAGGUGACGACGGCAGAACGCGCACAGAGUGGUCGCGGGAGGAGUGGGCGAAUGGCUGCAGGGAAUCAGCAUGGUGUCCUCUCAGCGCCGCGACACUCGGGGUCUCGGCACGCGCCGUCGUCAACAUCAGCGUCGCGCCGGUCUGCGACGCGCGAGGGGAGCGCGUCCACGGCUGCCAGGUCCUGCAUGUCAGCGCCGAGGGCAGCUGCGCGACCAAAGCCGAUUUCUCUCAACGUGGAGGCGACGAUUCUCUGCCCCGUCACCGGUGCGGAGCUGUUUGCACUCCUGCGAAUGCGCGGACUCAUCGACUCCGAGGGUGACACGGAGGAGUACCGGCUCCCACCUGUGCGCUGUCACCGCUUGUACGUGACAGCCGAGGAGCACCGCCAGCUGAAACUGCUUCGGCAGUCCUUACACUCUCUGGUCGCGGAGGAGCAGCGCCAGGACAUCCCAUCCUAUCAGCGCGUCACGGUCUCUGCGCGGUCGCGGAACGCCGAGUUUGCUCCCCCACCGCCGGUGCUGCGCUACAUGGAUGUGUGA